GUCGUUGAUUCCACGUUGGCCCGGACGUGGCACUCGGCAGUAGUUCUGUCUGUGUGGAAAUCGGAGUAAGCGGAUCAGUGUAAAAAUAUCAGUGGUUUUUCUCGCAGUUUCUAACGUCCUUGGCAAGAUAUGGGGCUCACCAUCUCGUCGGUCUUCAGCCAGCUGUUUGGCAAAAAACAAAUGAGGAUUUUGAUGGUUGGGCUGGAUGCUGCCGGAAAAACAACAAUCUUGUACAAACUGAAGCUCGGUGAGAUUGUAACCACCAUCCCAACCAUUGGUUUCAAUGUGGAGACAGUAGAAUAUAAAAAUAUCAGUUUCACUGUAUGGGAUGUGGGUGGCCAGGACAAGAUCAGACCCCUCUGGAGGCAUUACUUCCAGAACACACAGGGCCUCAUCUUUGUAGUGGACAGCAAUGAUAGAGAGAGAGUGGCAGAGUCCUCCGAAGAGCUUUCGAAAAUGUUGCAGGAGGAUGAGUUGAGAGAUGCUGUUUUGCUGGUGUUUGCUAACAAACAGGACCUUCCCAAUGCCUUAACAGUCAGUGAACUCACAGACAAACUUGGACUACACGCCCUCCGCAACAAAUCUUGGCACAUCCAGUCAACCUGCGCCACCCAAGGCACUGGGCUGUAUGAAGGACUUGACUGGCUAUCCAAAGAGUUGUCCAAAUGAAGAUUUAGCUGGACAGAUGAGAGAGACUGAACACCACAGGACAGGACAGAAGAUACAGACAUUUGAUCGAUCAGCAUUUGGUCUUCCACCAUGAAUGUUCACCAAAAGGACAAGGCUGGUGGACAAUAUAAUCAUCUAUGGGAACUUUAAUAUGUCGUGUUUUUUUUUCUUUUUUCUUUUAUUAUCAGUGCUAUUACCAUAGUAUCUCUUUACAUACUCUUUAUUUUUCUCUUUUGUUUCCAGAGCUCUUAUGUGGCAGCAGGUUGUAAUCACAUAUUGGGCUGCAUGAUGAGCAAAUGGUCUGUUGAGGAAAUUUCUUGGCAACAAUGAAUAGAGUGACAGAAGAUGUUUUUUUUCACUUACUCCUGUCCAGGUAGCUUUUGCUGUAAUGAACCACUUGUAUAAUUAUCAAAAUUAAUUGUAGUUUUGGUUGAACCCAGGCUGGGGGGGUUAUGAUAAUAUUACAUUAGAGCUUUGGUGAAGGACAACUUGUAUGCUUCUACAAGCUGUUCAUCUCCACUACCCUUCAUGGAUAUUUGAUUCCCUUGCAGAACUGACCCUUUGCUCUUCAUUUUUAUGUCCUCAAUCUCAUGCCAACUGAUUUCUGGAGAGGCCUGUGAUCUGUAGACUGAGAUGAAUGAGGAUUGGGAUGAUUUCACAGAUAGAUUUUGUUAGUGUGGAACCACAUGGCCUUCCAGUGAAUUGAUCCAAAAAGGAACAGUGUGCCUUCUGGUCCCCCUUCUGAGAUCUGACUAACAUUUUCCUUAUCUCAUUCUUAAGCCAUGCUCACUCCUAAGAUGCUUUACUGACUCUUUACCUUUUGAAAGACAAAAUAAUGCAAUAAGACUCUUCCUUCCUUUUGUGCUGCAGUGUUUGCUGUGGUGCAACAGAACUACACCACUAUAAAAAUUGAUUCUUUACAACUUCAGCCAGAACUGGACCAGGAAGUUGAUUCUGGUUGCAAAUUUUAGAAUUUGUGCUCACUCCUCUUCCUUCCUUUUUUAAUGACCACCCUGAAAGAUGGACUUAAUAAAAAGUUCUUCUAUCCACUCUAACAGAAAAAAAAACAUAAAAGGAGGAAGGAAGCAUCUUUUCAAUGUUGCCACAUGUCCAGUGUCAGUGCAACGCAGUUCAGUUGAGGUUUUGUUGGGGGUUUUUUUGGCAGUGGCUUGGUACUGAGUUUGUUUUACUGUCUGAAGGCAAGUACUGCAUUCUUUAAAUAUUGUACCCCUUUUGAAACCCAAAGCAUACAUAUUAAUUUGUUUGUAUACAUUCCAACCCAUGCUUGCAAGUGCUGGAGCAGCCACUCUUAAAUUUAUUUGCUAAAAAUAUUUUACAAAAAAAGUUCUGAAUAAAGCCAGUGUUAAAAAAAAA